AUGACGUCCAUCAGCGGACCCUCUAUGGCUGAAGAAGACGCCAAUUCAACUUUGAGCAACGAUGAUGGUUCCAGUGGUGAUGAGUCGAGAAUGGCUGGUGUUGGACCAUCCAAGAAGCGGAGGAGGGAGAAACACCAAAAGAUAUCAUGUGAGAUGUGCAAGACUCGCAAAGUGAAAUGCGACCGCGCUGAACCUGCUUGUUCAUGGUGCGCUCGCCACAACAAAGCCUGCGUAUAUCUCGAGCGCCAAAGGCCCGGAGCUGGAAGAAAUUUGUUUAGCCUUGAGCUGGAAGCCAAAGUCAACAGAAUCGAUGCAUUACUUCAGGCUCUAGGGCGGAGAGUGGAAGAGCAUAUCGUCCAAGACCACUCUCCGGUCGUGUCUCCAGCUAUAUCUUCUGCCAACGCCAAUGGUUACAGUGCUUCACAGCUGGACAGUCGAUUAACUCCGGCGACUCUCCCCAGACAAUCAUCCUUCUCUCAAGCCAAGUCACCCGCUAUAUCAAGCCCUUAUCAGGUCAACAACCAGAACACAACUCAUCCAUCUGUUCAGACGCCACAACAAGGGGCCAGUGCACCAACACCAACUCAUACAAAUCUACCAAUACCAACACCUAUAACACGAAAUCCGUCAGUCCAAUCAUAUACAAUCGAUCUGCCACCACACGACAUCAUCUACAGUCUAGUAGAUCUCUACUUCAAACACUGCGGGACAUGGUGUCCAAUCCUCGAACGCAAAACCAUCUUUGCCACCUUCUUUGGCUCAACAUCGAUGGAAGAGCCGGACCGGAUCUUACUCUACGCCAUUGUGGCCACCACGCUACGCUUCCUCAAAGAUCCCAGGCUAUCACCCGAGAUGAGCGCAUACUAUCACACAGUCGCCAAACAUACAGUCCAGCUGUAUGCCAUGGAGCACACCACAGUUCCUGCUCUGAGAGCCCUUGUUAUAAUAACGCUAGACGAGCUGGGAACAUCCAGCGGACCAAGAGGUUGGAAUCUUCUGUCCUUGUUAGCCCAAAACGCCAGACAGCUUGGUUUGGGCGAGGAAAGCAGUGUCUUCUUAUCCGCAGAAGCAUCCGAAAUCACGCACGCAGCAUCUUCCCAUAGAGUCGCAGCCGGUAAACCCGAAUCUUGGAUUGAAGACGAAGGACGAAGGCGAUUAUACUGGAUGAUCUAUCUUCUCGACAGAUAUGCCACCAUUGCUACGCCUACAUUUGACUUUAUCCUCAAUGACACCAAAAUCAACCGCUUCCUACCUUGCUCCUACGACCUGUUCUCCAAGAACGUGCCCGUUGAGACACGAUCACUGAGCCCAUGCAACAACAAACAAUCACCCAUAAUGACUUAUCUCGUCAACAAACCCGAGAAUCUCGGCAGUUUCGCUUAUCACUGCGAGAUUCUUGUCAUUCUCAGCAGAAUUCACGAGUUUCUCAAGACGCCUGUUGAUGUUACUUCACCAAGCGACAUGGCCGAAUGGCGCAACACAUAUCGCAACCUCGACCGCACUCUGGAUGGAUGGCUUCAAAGCUUACCAAGCGAGUACAGCAAGAUCUCGGCGCUUUGUCACUCCGAUCCCGCCAGUCGCGUAGCCAACUGGUUCAUGCUUCACAGUGCGUAUGUUACAGCCGCAGUGCGUCUUCACUCCUCAGCAGCAUAUCCCACCGUGCGCUCUCAUAUUUUUGUUCCGUCGCAUUACGCCAUGCAGAGGUGUCUAUCUGCCGUUCAGAGCUUGGGAGAUAUCACUCGUGAUGUCCUCGAAGCGGACGGCUUGAACCUUCUUGGACCGUCGUUUGCGUUCUCGCUCUGGGUCGCUGCUAGGCUCCUGCUUGUCCAUGCUGCUACAGUUGGAUGUGCAGUAGAUUCACAAAUCGAUUUCUUUAUUGAGACGCUGCGAGAUGUCGGACAGCAUUGGGAGGUUGCGAACAAUUACUCCAAGAUUCUUCAGCGUGUUGUACAGAGAGCCCGACAAGGUGACAUGGGCUUCUCGGCGAUGAGAAGGAGCGCAUACGACUUGGUCACUUUGACAUCCACCGCACGACACUCAGGCUUGGAAGCAACAUCAACACAGGCUACAUCUCUGAGUGAGCUCGACAAUAUUGAUGUCUUCGAAUUCUUCAACUAUCCACGCACUUCAUCGUGUUCCAGCGCACAGUCGCAGCUGCAGCUGCAACCCAUUCGCACUCCAGCUUUAGGAGGGGAAUCAAGCAGGGGCAACGGGGUGCCUGAUCCUGAAGCUGACUGGCUGGCUUUUGGAUCGCCCUACACUUGA